GCAUUGGUGAGUGUAUUUUAGUGCAGCUCAACACGACUGUCCUAACACUACCAACCCGACACACCGCAAAAGGUAUUAGUGUAUGUGAAGAACGAACGGCAAGAUGAAUGAUGGUAACGCGUAUUCUCCGUUGCUGGAUGAUUCUGGGAGCAGAUCCGUUCUUUCAAGAUGCUGCCUUCAUCGGACGCCUCUAGAGAGAAAACUGGUUGUACUGUCUAUAGUCCUGGCAGUGACAACAUUCAUUCUCCUCAUAACAGUGAUAGUUCUCAACAACAAAUACCAUGACGCAGAAGCACAUACGUCUACAGCUGCUCCUAGUACAACACCAAUUACAACUACCACACCUACCACCACUAUUGUAACUGAAACAACUACAAGUCCGACCACAGUCACAAUUCCGACGACCAAAGCCACAAUUCCGACGACCAAAGCCACAAUUCCGACGACCAAAGCCACAACUCCUACGACCAAAGCCACAAUUCCGACGACCACAGCCACAAUUCCGACGACCACAACCACAAGUCCGACGCUGAUCACUUUCCCAGAUAUAAACGAAUCUCUGUCCAAAAAAAAAACUACAAGCCAAUCAACUGCUAAAGAUAAGACCACAACAGCAGCAACAAUCAAAUCUACGAGAACUACAACAACUCCUGGCGUGACGACUGUGAGUACACCCAUAUCUGCCAGGACCAGCAAGAGGAGUGAUUCACCAAUAUUCACAAUCUCGAGGUGGCUUGUAUUUGUGACAUUAUUUCUUUCGUUUUCUCGAUGAAAAACGCCAGAAUUUUAUUAGAGUUUAAAUCUGCAUUAGGCAUUUAAAUUUCGUAACUGUUCCACAGUCCCAACUUACAUUCUUCUCUUCAGAUCACAUUGUUUUCGUGUCGAUCCAUGUUGAAUUUUAUGGACUUUAACUCUUACAUUAAUUUUCAGUUUGAAAGAAAAUUCAUCCAACUGAUUCCUUCUCAUAUUUGAAUAAAUGCCAAACAAAACUAGAACAUGUCCUCUUGAAAGGAUCUCAAAUUUAACUGAUAUAUUGUUAAUGAAUUUAUCGGUUUUGAAAGAAAAAAACAACAAUAUUUAUUAGUAAACUAGGUAAAUGUACAAGAUAAUACAAUAGAUAUUAGUUAAUUUGAGAGAGAGGAAUGUAUAAUAAAAUGGAAAAUCACUGAAUACAGUGUAAUAGAAACUCCAUCUACAUUUUAGUUAACCAGCUAUUACUGAAAUGUGUAUGAUGUGUGCUGUAAAGCUACAUAAAAUGUGACUAUAUCGUUUUUCUGGGUUUUGGCGCCGUGUUGACUAGUAGCUACCAGUGUUUCAGCCUUGAAGUUGGAGACAGUGUUUCUCCGAAAUAUUGGCAUUUGUCUACUGGCGUCCAACUACAGAUGAACAACAUCGUCACCUUAACUGUCCUGAUAACCUCAAAUUUAAUUAAAAAUAUAUUUUGUAAUUUUUAAUAUGUAAAGAAAGUAAGAUAAAUAAAAACGAAAACAAGUUAUAUUCCGCAGAGGUAUCCAAGAGGAACAGUUAAUAGAUCCGUCUUGCUGCUUCAGAGAUAUACUGUUGAUUUAAUUAUUCAUUACUUGGAUUCUACGCCUGACGUACUACACACUGAUGAGUUUUGUAUCUUUACAAAGAUGGAAAUGUGAAUUACCAGUAAAACAUAUUACUAUAUUGUGUCAAGCAUAUUUGAAUUUAGCCUAACUGUUGAAUUUAUAGACUACAAAUAUCAAGAAAGGAACGUAUCAAAGAGUAUCCGAUAAGAAAUUGUGUAAAGCAAACACACUUACAAAGAUGUGUGCUUAACUAAGCAGUGUAUGUUCAAACGUGAAGUUUGCUAACAUUGGUCAUUAACGGAUAUUUCACAUAUUCACAUCUGGUCGUGUGCGCAUUCGCAAUGUAAAAACCUUGAAUUUCACCGAAUUCGAAUAAAAUGUCGUUCUGCAGAUAUUGGUGAUUAAACUCAUAGUUUGAACGUCCAUGUUGUUUGUCAUGUAGAUGAUAUAAGAACCAGAUAAAGUAGUCAUUCCAUAAACUGGCAUAUAUUUCACACAUAAACCCAAUUUUACAUCACUGUAUUUACUCCUAUCUGCAACAACACAUCUGCAUCAAUUUAUUCGGAAAUAAAUUCAAAAUGUGCUGAUA